UAUAUAUUUAAAUGUAACCACACCCUUAAAAUUUGCUGUUGUGCAUUUGAAUAUUAUUGAAUGGAUUAUAAAAGUUCAUGACAAUUUCUAAAAUAAGUAAAAAUGGCAAGAAACAAUGAAAUACAGUACUGUCAUAUUUUAAAAAGCAAUGUAGUACGAUAUACAAUUAACCUUGUUCUUUCAUGUGCAGUAUAGUGACAUCAUUCGUUCAUUGACUCAGAUGUAAACUAUUCUUAAAGAAUGUUUCGAUCUGUAUUUUGUACUUUAAAUUAAUGACGCCGUUAAAAAUUAUAUUAUAGAAAACACAUUCGAAAUUAGUAUAAUCUAUAAUGAUAACAUUAUCGCUAAUUAUUUACUUCUCUACCCAUGUACUUAGUCAAAAGUACGAGGGUUGUUUUCGGAGUUCUGUAUUAGAUCCCGAUUUGCCAACUUUAAUAUUAAAUCAUGCUGGCACACCAACAGAAUGUAUUAAUCAGUGUCGUUCUCGUUAUUACAUGUUUGCUGGAUUAAUGAAUGGUCAACAAUGUUUUUGUGGUAGUAAUUAUGGUAGAAAAGGUAUAUCUGCUUCUUGUACUCUUCCCUGCACUGCUGAACCAAAUAAUUUUUGUGGUAGCCAAGAAGCAAUGAGUAUUUAUUCAACUGGGCAAAAAGGUCCUAGUCCUCCAAGAACAAUACAAAUAAUUCACAAUGGACCCGAUAGUUUACAUAUUACAUGGGAACCACCUAACAUAUCUAAUGGAAAUAUUACAUCUUACACUUUAAAAGCAGCAGUCCUCGAAACAUAUGCUUCUGAUUCAUUACCAGCUGUAGAAAGUCAAGUGCAAGGAGGAGAAACAAACAGUAUUAUUUUGCGAAACUUACAACCUGGCACAAAAUAUAAUGUAUCAGUCAUUGCAAUUAACACUCAAGGAAACAGUGAUCCUGGAUACAUUUCAGGUUGGACACUAAUAGCUCCACCUGAUAAACCAAUGAUGCCAAAAGUAGUAGAACAAACAGCUACUACCAUAACUGUUUUAUUGUCAGAAGGACAUAGCGAAUAUGGACCUGUUAGCGCAUAUCAAGUAUUUGUUGUUCAGUCUGGUAUAAUACCUCCUUCCGGUCCUAAUAUAACAUACUAUAAUUAUGAAAAAUCAAAACAGGAAGGCUUAGCAUAUUAUAUCACAGGAGAAUUUGAAUCUUCUGAAUUUUAUAAAUAUAAAAAGUUUACAGUUGGAGAUGGAAAAAUGAUUGGACGUUAUUACAAUGCACCUCUAAAUACUCAAAUAAAUCCGCAAAUAGGAUUGGCAGUGAUUUCGAGAUUUCAGAGAGAGAUGCAAUUUGCUUACUCAGACUUGGUCAACAACUUAAAAGUUUAUAGUAAAAGAGAGAAUACUGAAAUAGAUGCAAUAACAAUUGUACUUUGUGUUGCAAUUGGUCUUUUAGGAGCAUUACUUGUAGCUUUAAUAAUAUUAUAUUUUGCAUUGCGACAACGCCAUGAAAAAUUUCGUAUGAGAAAACUUCCAGAACAACAAGAACUUACAUUGCAAGGACCACUAUAUGAAAUCGACAAUAUGGCAUAUAUUCCAGAAGACGUUCCGGAAAGAGUAAAUCAUUAUCAAGAAUUAAAGAACAAGGUAUGGACUAUACCACAAAAUGCUUUAAACAUUAAUGACACGAUAAUACGUAGAGGACGAUUUGGUACUGUCUACACAGGAACAGUUGAGAAAGAUGGCAAAUCUUGUAUUGUAGCAGUUCAUAGUAUAGCUGAUAAAUCAUUAAAAGCAUCUGACAAAAGGAAUAUGUUACGAGAAUUGGACGUUUGUAUUAGAGCAUCUCCUAUGAAAUACCUUGCAGAUCUAAUAGGAACUUGUGAAACGCAUGAUACAUUAUACGUUGUAUUAGAAUUGCCACUUCAAACUUUGAAAAAUCGAUUGCUAGCUGCAAGAUCCGGGGAUACAUUUCCAGUCAAUCAGAUUCUACCUAUAGGGGCUAUGAUUGCAUCUGCUUUGCAACAUCUUGAAAAUUGUAAAAUUGUACACGAUUAUUUGUGUGCGCGUAGCGUUGGUCUUUGCAAUGAUUGGACACCUAAAUUAAUGGGUCAUGGUAUUGCCAAGUAUGCUGUGGAAGAUAUAAAAUACAUUCGAUGGACUUCUAUUGAAUGUUUUGGUAACAAAAAAAAACAUUCGCCAGGAGUUGUUUGGGCGUUUGGUGUACUUUUAUGGGAAAUGCUCAGUAUGGGUGGUACACCAUACUCUAAUUUUAUGCUUGAUAGCGAAGUAGAAGAAGCAGUCAAGCAAGGAAUCAGAUUACCACAACUAUUAGAUACUCCUGAUCCGCUUUACGAAGUUAUGUUAUCUUGCUGGCAUGUUGAAAGUCGAGAAAGACCAACAUUUGCAGAGCUUACAAGAUUGGAUACUUUAAGCAUCUGUCCAAUUACAUCAAUUACAGAACCGUACACCUCAGAAUUAGAAUUAAAUUAAUAUUAUUAAUAAACAGGUGUUCACAUUUUUAUUGUAUUUAGACAAUAAUUAUUAUAUGUUGUAUAUAGUAAUCGUACACUCGUGAAGUAUUCUGAAACACUAUCCUUAUACAUAUAUUAUACUUUAUACAGUUACCAUUUCUAUAUUCUAUAUAACAAUUUAUAUUUUUUUUCGCGAUGUUUUUUAUCUUUAUUUUAUACUUUUUUAUUUUUUUUUAUAAGACAAAAUGUUAUACAAAUGUAACUAAUAACACUUUCCGUCCACAAUUUUUAGAAUAAGAUUGCAAAAAUAUAGAAUAUUUGUGAAGUAUAACUUUCUACUUAGAAAACAUUAUUAUACUAUCAUAAUGAAGGAUUUAUUAUGUAUUCCAUAAAGUAAAGAAAAAAACAUAUUUAAAUUUUUAAAUAAUUAUAUUAACAGUAACUGAAUAAGAACUCUCAAAUAUGUACUUAAUAGCAUGUUUUUGAAAUUUUGAAGAUCAGAUGUAUGUACUUUAUAAUUGAUAAAUUUUAUAUAAUUAUUUACGUGGUACUAAUUGAAUGUAUGUUUUUGAUGAUUUUUUUUAAGAGAAAAGAAUGAUCUCAAACGUUACACCUGUCAGUAUUCAUUAUAAAUUUGAGUUAUUAUAUUAAAAUACGUAUAAUGAAACACUUUAAUGUUACGUUUUGUACUUAUGUCUAACAUUGUAUCUAGUGUCAAAGAAUAAUCUUUUAAUAUAAAACCCAUUGAAUAAAAAUAUUUUUACAUAUAAUAAA